CUUCUCUUCUUCCUUUGCUGUGAGUACUCAUAACAAUGAAAAUGGUUAAGUUAGUAGUUUGCAUUGUGCUGGUGGUGCUUGGCAUCGGAGCUCGAUGCUCAACCGUAGCCGCCACGGACUGUAACCCGAUCCAACUGAGCCCGUGUGCCACCGCAAUCUUAUCGUCCACCACCCCUUCGGAAACUUGUUGUGGGAAGAUCAAGGAGCAGAGGUCUUGCCUUUGCAACUACAUCAACAACCCAAGGCUGCAGAAGUUCAUCAACACUCCAAAUGCUAGAAAGGUUGCUGCUACCUGUGGCACCCCUUUUCCCAUUUGUUAAUUGAUCAAGAAAAUUUCACACACUUGUGUGUGUGUUUAGUGUGUGUGUUUUUAAGGUUAUCAUUCAUUUUUAGUAUUUGGGAUGGUACUAUGCAGGGGGGAUCAAUGGUAAUGCUUUAAGGUCAAUGGUACUAUGUAACUUGCACUUGUUCAAUUCAAUGAUUUAGAAGGAAAA